GUCGGCGAGCGAAAUGUCCGCGACGCGGUAGUCACCCUGUGUGGUGUUUUUGUUAUUUGUGCGUGCGUGCGUCGUACGCGCGGCGCGUGGUCGCGGUGGGUCGUACGCUCGACGCGCGCGCAAUUGCCCGCAGCGCGCCGCCCGUGGCGUCGGGUGCGCCGUCGGUGCAAUUUUUUCGCGUCUUCUUUGUGUGAUUGUCGCUUGCGUUGCAGCGCGCGCUGUUGCGAUGCAACGCGGCUGGAAGUUGCAACGCAUGCGCACAGUAGUGCCUCUGCGUGCGUUGAUUCGGCCGAUAGGCGAUGAAUUUGCUUUUUGCCUUGCGCUCGUUGCAUUAGCACGCGCGCGCCUCGGUCUGCAGUUUAAGGCGUCUUGUUACUCCACGCUGCUAAAUGCCUGAGCCAUGGUUGCAAUGUAGUGUUAGUCCUGCGACAA